AACAACCUGUUACUUUAAGACACAGGAAAAUUGACAGAGAACUUGAAAGCUGUUAAACUUGUUUCAUGAGGACACAUUUUGUACAGAAGAAUGGCGGGAAAAGACUACCAUCAUCUCUUCAAGUUGCUCAUCAUUGGUGACUCCAAUGUUGGGAAAAGCAGCUUACUCCUACGAUUUGCAGACAACUCAUUCUCUGGAAGUUACAUAACUACUAUUGGAGUUGACUUCAAGAUCCGCACGGUGGAGAUUGAUGGAGAAAGAGUUAAACUCCAGAUCUGGGACACUGCAGGGCAGGAGAGGUUCAGAACCAUCACCUCGACGUAUUACAGAAACACUCAUGGUGUCAUCAUUGUUUACGAUGUCACAAACGCUGAAUCGUUUGUCAAUGUGAAAAGAUGGUUAAAUGAGAUAUCGCAGAACUGUGACAACGUCUGCAAAAUUUUAGUCGGAAACAAGAAUGAUGAUCCUUCUAAAAAGCUUGUGGACACUCAAGAAGCUCAGCGCUUUGUAGAGUCAGUUGGUGUGAGGUUGUUUGAGACGAGUGCUAAAGAGAAUAUCAAUGUAGAGGAGAUGUUCAUGGCUUUCACCCACAUGGUCCUUCGGGCGAAGAAACAGAGCCAGAGUCGAGCAGAAAGAGAGAGGGAGAGAGAAAAGGACACUGUCCAUAUAAAUUCCCACAGGGACAGAGAAAGGAGGAAGAAGGGGAAGAAAUGCUGUUAGGACAUAUAGAAAGAUGGACAAAUCAAGCACCUUUGCAACUUUGUUCCUUUGGUUCAAGUUUUCAACCCGGAAAUGUGACUUUUUCAUGAUAACACUGCGCUUAGAUGAAACCAAAAGAAUUAAAAAUAACUUGCUAUUACGUGACGAACAUCAGCAUUCAUCAAUGUAGUUUUUUUUUUUUUUUUU